GUUGACUCUAACGUGCGAAGCACAGUCGGUGGAGAAUUUACCUUUUGACGAUUAGUCUACAUUUAUUCACUCUCUCAUUCAAUCACCCACCGCUAUUUCUCUUCCCCCCUCCUUGAGAAUGCGGGAUGAUAGAAGGCCCCUUUCUUCAUCCCCCCCUUUUCCUAUGAUACCGGUACUUUCUUCCCACUCGCUCGCUCGCUUGUAUCCGAUCCACUGCCGUGCCGACGCUGUACGAGUCCCGGUACGAUAUCGCAUCUCACCAGGAACUUUUUUACCAAUUUGUAAUCGCCUGCGGCUAUCACCACCUCACCAAACCCCUUGUCACCGGCAAUCCAUCGGGCAGUCGUCGGUGAACGUAGGUACGGUACUGUACAACCACCCAGGGAUAUGUUUUCGCACAAGACGGGGAUUAAUUUUCGGGUUAACCUAAAUUAACUCUGCGAAAACAUACUCCCGGGUAUGGUGCUUGUACCUAGUAUCAUAGGUAAAAAAAAGAAAAAUAGCUGUUAUGCACUGAUGCCUGUGAGUAUAUCAUAACCCGCCAGUUUUCGUCAUGCCCCCGUUGAAAACUGUAUCUAUCCGUCGCUAUCAUAAAUUGUACGAGUUGAUCAAUCAAUCAAUCAGGUCCCCCAAGGAGAUGAAUAAAUUAUAUUGAACCCAAGGAGAUGAAAGCGCGCGCACUGACCCGAACCGAAACCCCAGGGCGUUUGCUCAUUAUCACAUCCCGCUACCGGUUCCAUAAUCUAAC